CGCACGAAACCGAAAAAAGCACGGGGAAUGGACGUCCGAGCGAUGGCCAGCGGAGCCCAGGUCGCGCCAGUCGGGCCAGGGAUCGGUCAGACGAUGCUCAGGACCUGUGGCAGGAAGUGUCCGCUGCGGCGCUGGUGGCUGGCACGGCCAUCGGCGGUGGUUUCCUGGCCCUGCCGUACACCACGGCGCCCGCGGGGGCGGCGCCCUCGGCUGCCCUGCUGGCCUGCUCCUGGGCCUUCCUGCUCGCGCAGGCGCUCGUCGUGGCCGACCUCGUCGUCGAUGCUUCCGAGGAGCAGGGCAGCCCCACGGGUGUGCUCGGCGUGGCGCGCUCCACGCUCGGGGGCCCCGGCGCCGCCUUCGUCUCCGUGGCCUUCCUCUCCCUGAUGAUGUGCACGCUCGUGUCGCAGUUCUCGAAGGCCGGCGCCCUGCUCGCGCCCGCGCUCCACCUGCAGUACGCCGCGGGGUGCGUCGGCGCGGCGGCGGUGCUGGGGGCGUUCGAGGCCGCCAGCCCUGCUUGGCUCGUGGCCUCUGCCAACGCGGCGCUCACCGCCUGCUUCGUCGCCGCCGCCGCGGGGCUCUUCGCCGGCGGCGCGCCCCUCGCGGACUGGGGCCGGCUCGCGCGGGCGGACUGGGGCGCUGCGCCGGCGGCUCUGCCCAGCGUGCUCCAGCUGCUCGUGUUCGCGGAGGUGGUUCCCGCGGUCUGCAGCCUGCUCGCCUUCCGCCCGAGCCGCAUCCGCCGCGCCCUGGUCGCUGGGUCGGCGCUGCUGCUGGCCGUCCAGCUCGGCUGGUCCUGUCUCGGCAUCGGGCUGGCUCCCUUCGCGGGCCACGCGCUGCGCCGAGACCCCCUCGACGCGCUCCCCCGCGCCGGCCUCGGCCCCGCGGCCCUGCCGGCCCUGGGCGCGUGCGCGAUCUCCACCACCGUGGUCGGCACCAGCAUCGCCCUGAGGUCCUUCUUCGCCGACGCGCAGGGGGGCCGUGAGGCCGGCUCCCCGCGCGCGUCGCGGGCGGUGCUCCUCUUCCUGGCGGUCGCGUCGUGCAUCGCCGCGACCUCGCCCGAGGCCUUCUUCGGGGCGAUCGACCUCGCCGGGGCCUACCCCGUGGUGCUGCUGUGGGGCGUGGCGCCGCCCGUGAUGCGGCUGGUCCAGGGCGGGGCCCGCCGGGGGAGGCCGCGCAGCGCGUCGUGCUUCCAGGGCGGCCGGCGAGGGCUGCAGGCGCUCGCUGCCGCCUCGGGGGCGCUGGUCUUGUUCAACGUCUCGACCGACCUCGCCUCGCUCCUCACCGGGGGUGCCGCGCGGUGGCAGUAGAGGCUUCCUUGCCGCCAUCGUGCCGUACGACGGCCGCGGUCCUCAUCAUCGUCGUGCGUCGCACCGACGUGGCACCUCUCGUCUUGAGUACUGAUGAUCAGUCCUGGAGUCUUCCAUCGCAUUGUUCGUUGCACUUCUCAGAGAAGGCGUGUUACGAAUAUGUCAGCGCUGUACGCCGCUUACGGAUCCUUUUCCACUCGUCCUUUUACUGAUCCAUCCUAUAUUUCCCUGUUGUGCUCCUCGGGCUACAUCGCCUCCCCUCCUGUCUCCGCUGCUGCAGCCUCCAGCGAUUGCAGCACAUGCCACCCCCCGAUUGAAGCCACGCCAGGCACGCGGCAGUGGCGCGCUCG